UGGCAGUUUGAUAAAACGGCCUACCGGGUAUGGCUUUCGGAGAUCAUGUUGCAACAGACGCAGGUUGCCACGGUAAUACCAUAUUACCAUCGGUUUCUAAAAAGCUUUCCGACAAUAAGGUGCCUCGCGAUUGCUGAUAUCGAUUCGGUAUUACGGCACUGGCAAGGCCUCGGCUAUUAUGCCCGUGCUCGAAAUCUUCAUCGGGCGGCGAUUAUAAUUUGCGAUCAGCACGAUGGUCAAUUUCCAGUCGAAUUCGAAGCUGUUUUGGACUUGCCGGGUAUCGGUCGCUCGACUGCUGCGGCUAUCUUAACGUUUGCCUGCGAGCAGAGCCGGCCGAUACUCGACGGCAAUGUCAAACGC